AUGGAUAUGGUUUCAUUGGUAGACAGAUUUUCGAACUUUUUAUUAACAAUAGAAUCUUGGACAAAAAUUGCAAUUAAGCCUAGUGUGUGGUUGUAUCCCCAUCUGCAUAAGCCAUACCACGAUUUUUGGAUUGCAACUGAAGCAUUGUGGAGUUUUGGCUGCAAACAAUCAUGGCAAAUCCUAUUGUGCAUCUCUUUGGUCACAGGAUUCAUUUUCAUGUUUACUCUGCUGAGAUAUUUAAGAAAAGGGGAGAGCACUAGAAGUUCUGCUGUUAGCAACAUUCCACAUGUCUCUAAUUGGAGUGUUUUUGACUUAGCCAAGACUGCCUACCGGCCUGGCCACACUGAAGCUAUUAUGAUGUUAGUGAACCAGUUUGGAUAUGAUGUGAACUAUAUCAUCCCUUCCACAGGUCUCUCCUUGUUCCUGUGCACCUGUCUUAGUGGAGAGAGGGCUGCUAUUCAGUACAUGCUAAAGCAAGGUGCAGAUAUCAAUUCAACCAGUGAAGAUGGAGAUACUCCUUUGUAUCUGGCCACUUUUGGAAUCCUGAAUGCUGCAACGCCUGACCUAGAAGUCAUUACAGAUCUUAUAGAAGCAGGCUGUGAUGUCAACAAAGCAAAUCUCCGUGGCUAUACCCCAUUGCACCGAGCAGCUAGUAAGGGAAGUGUACCUGUCAUCAAAUGUCUUCUCCUGUACGGUGCAGACCCCUACCAGGCAAGCAAAGCGGGAGUCCUUCCCAUUAGUAAUGCAAUCAAUGCAGGCAACUUGAAGGCUGCAGAGUUUCUGAAAAUCCACAUUGAUAAUCCCCAUGUUUGGGAUGUGGUGGAUCCUCACACACCACCCAGGAUACAGCUUGGACUGCAGAGCCCACGGCGAAAACAUCUGGUGGAGUCCUCAAGGCCCAUCCAAUCUUUAUCAGUCCUAAAGACUUGA